CCGCUAUCAGCCGCGGCAGGAGCGAGGCGCGGCCCCGGGGCGGACCGCUACCCGUCCACUCCUCCGGCGGGGACGAGGUCAGAGCGCCAGUAGGCCUCGCCUCCCGCCCGCCCCCGCCAUUUUAAACGGUCACCGGCUGAGAGCGGGGCGGGGGGGGGGGGGGGGGGGCGAGGGCAGGGUUGGGGGAAGAGGAAAGCGGCGGCGGGGCGCUACGCCGCCUGAGGGGACGGCGGCAGCGGGCAUGGCUGCUUGGACGUGGCUGCUGCGGACCCCUACCGCCACGGAGCUGCUGCUGGCGGCCCUGUGCUGGCUGGGCUGCUACUGGCUGCUGCGAUGGCCGCGGGCGCCGCGGGGGCUGCCGCCGGGCCCCGCGCCCUGGCCGCUGCUGGGCAAUUUCGCCUUUGCCCUGCUGCCGCCACCGCUGCUAAGGAGGUGGGCGGUGGAGGUGCGGGGCGGCGGCCGGGGCUCCCCCGCCUUCUCUCCCCACGUCUUUCUCACUGGCCUCACCAAGAUGUACGGCAGCGUCUUCCGACUCUUCGUGGGCAGCCGCCCCUUCAUCGUCCUCAACACCUUCGGGGCGGUGCGGGAGGCGCUGGUGCAGAAGGCGGAGGUGUUCAGUGACCGGCCCACCGUCCCCAUCGUCCUCAUGAUCACCCACAAGAAGGGUGUUAUUUUUGCACCUUACGGCCCUGUCUGGAAGCAACAGCGGAAAUUCUCUCUUUCAACUCUACGUCAUUUUGGAGUAGGAAGACUCAGCCUAGAGCCUAAGAUCAUUGAGGAGCUGAAGUUUGUAAAGGCGGAAAUGCUGAAGCACGGAGAGGAUUCGUUUAAUCCCUUUCCGAUCAUUCGCAAUGCAGUGUCCAAUGUUAUCUGUUCCAUGGCCUUUGGCAGGCGUUUCAACUACGAAGAUGUUGAGUUCAAAGCAAUGCUGAAGAACAUGGCCCGUGCACUGGAACUCAGUGUGAACAGCUACAUGAUCCUGGUCAAUAUCUGCCCUUGGCUCUACUACCUUCCCUUCGGGCCUUUCCGGGAACUUAGGAAAACAGAAUUAGAUAUGACUGCUUUUUUGAAGAAAAUAAUUGCACAGCACAGGGAUACGCUGGAUGUGGCAAAUCCCAGGGACUUCAUUGAUAUGUACUUCAUCCACGCGGAAGAAGAAAAGAACAACAAAGAGAGCAGUUUUAAUGAAGACUACCUAUUUUUUAUCAUUGGUGACCUCUUCAUCGCAGGCACAGACACUACCUCCAACACACUAUUGUGGUGCCUGCUCUACAUGUCUCUCUACCCAGAAGUACAGGAGAAGGUUCAUGCAGAAAUUGAAGCAGUUCUAGGAUGUGACAAAGUUCCCUCCCUUGCCCACAAGGCUCAAAUGCCCUUCACAGAGGCAACCAUUAUGGAAGUGCAGAGGAUGACUGCAGUUGUUCCCCUUUCUAUUCCUCGAAUGGCCUCAGAAACUGCUGUGCUGCAGGGAUAUACUAUUCCUAAGGGCAGUGUGAUUGUGCCCAACUUGUGGUCAGUACACAGGGAUCCUAACAUUUGGGAGAAACCAGAUGAAUUUCAGCCAUCAAGAUUUCUGAAUGAAAAUGGCCAGCUAAUUAAGAAAGAGGCAUUCAUUCCUUUUGGAAUGGGUAAACGUGUGUGCAUGGGAGAGCAGUUGGCAAAAAUGGAACUGUUCUUAAUUUUUGCAAGUCUAAUGCAAAGUUUUACCUUUUUGUAUCCUGAAAAUGCUGCAAAACCAUCUAUGGAGGGAAGGUUUGGUCUAACUUUAGCUCCAUGUCCAUUCAAUAUAAUAGCUUUGAAGAGAUGAUACAAUAUGAAAAAAAGAUUAAACAAAGAAACACUGCACUUUUAAAAUCCAGGUUUCUUCGGUUUCCAGCUUAUUUUCUUACUUUCUUUCCAGAAAAACACCAACUGCAUAGGCUUUCAUGGUCAGUGAGAGUGAUCCAUUUAGACUUCUGGAAAGAGAAGAUUAUUUAUUUUGUCAGCUGUUGCAUUCCACAAAUGAACUGACAGCAUAGUUUGCAAUUUGAUAUUCAAACUUGCUGGGCUUAACCCCUCUGUCUAUAAGCUAUUACUGCCAGUUUGUCAACUAUUAAUCAUGGGAGAAUGGUCCAAAACAUCUCUUAAUGCUUUAGCAAAUCAUAAUUGCUAUUUUGGUAAAAGCGGUAUGGAAACAAUUUACCAAAUGAGUGAAGGAUAUCAUCUGAUACUGAAAGAAUUAAUGAAUGAGAGGGUAUUACACAGAAAAUGCUAAAGAAACAUGGUAACUGAGCUUAAAUAAUAUCAAAUACUUUUUGGAAAUUAGUAAGUGACACUUAGAGGAUUCUUUAUGGCAAGUAACUCGUAGCAGUUGAUUGGAUCAAAUCAGCCUGGAUUCCUGGAUCCAAACAUUCUUGGCCAUCAGGCCUCACUAUAAAGAAGCAAGUACCACCUGUGAAAACCCAGGCUUGGAGGCCAAACAUAUCCAUGAAUACAUCAUGUUCUUAACAUGAAAGGAGCGUGCAGUGUCUGGAUGCAGAUGUUUUAUCUCAGAAUAUAAAUGAGGGCAUAUUUCUCUUUGGUGCCAAGCAGACACUCAAGACAACAUCUGUGGUGCCACUUUACUGUUUUUCCUAUGUCAGCAGUGGCUGCGGUCUGGACAUGGCCAGCAGCCCAGCCCACUCAUUGGGGACGGCUCUAUAGGCAUAAUGCUGGAGCUGGGACAUGCACUCAGGUUUUUCAUUUACAGGCAGUGUGGACAGAACUGGCACAACCUUUUUGUCUCUGGGCACUGGAGUCUUACUUCAAAUAUGGCAUCAAUAUGGCACUACUGAUAUAGGUCUUAGACAUUUAGGUAUGGAACAUGGGGAGUCUGACAAGUUUGAGGUUUCAGUGUAAAGGUUUUCUCUUUGUUAUCUUCCAUAUGGAGUAAAAAGAUCUGUAGUUCAUACACUGUGUAUCAAUACCUUACUCUUUUUCACAGGCAAUGUUUUAGUGCUGUUUACCGCUAUCAAACCAAUUGCCAAGAAAACCUGUUGUUUUGGAAGGAGGCACUCAGUCUUGCCUUUUGUUGGAAGGAUCUCUCAAACAUUGAAAGCGAUCAUUUGGGGAACAUAACAACCUUUAAAUAAUUGUUCUUUAUCAUCCCUAAAUCUCUAUACACCUCUUCAUCUAGCAGAAUUUCAUAUCACAUGAAAUAAGUACAUAAGUACUCUUUUAAAGAGAUUCCCCCCGCCCCAAACUGAAGAUUUUGUGAAUACUUGAGGUCCUCCUAAUGUCAAGUUAACAAGAUUAGAAUGGGAAAUUCACUGUAAAGUGGAGACAUCCAAAACCCACCUAGAUGCGUUCCUGUGUGACCUGCUCUAGGAGGUCCUGCUCUGGAAGGGGCAUUGAAUAGAUGAUCUUUCAAGGUUCCUUCCAACCCUUGAGAUUCUGUGAUUCUGUGAAACUAAAGCGAAGUUGUAAAAGAAAAGUCAGCUCCUCAGCUUUAGACUAACCUCUGGUUUUGUCACUUUUAACUUGAAGUUUUAAAAGGCAGGUAGUGCCUAGCAAAACCUGGAAGAGAGUUACUUUGGUUUAAAGUUUUCUGUUAGCUGUUUUGAAUAAGAGAGUGGCUUAAUUUCUGAGUGACGGUUUUGGUUGGUCACAUACCCCACUGUCUUGAGAACUUCCAGUUUCCCAUUUCUGUGAAAAGUUAUGGGAACUGGAAGACCUGGUUAGCAGGUCUAGCCAGACACAGGUUAGCCUGUGCUCAUGUUUAUUUUUUUCUUUGAAAAUUUUGAAAACCCCAUAGCACAAGAAAAGUUGAGUUUAGUACCAAUGCUAGUAAACUUGCACUAAUACCUGACAGUACUGGAGUAAUAAACAUUUAUUCAACUUAUAUUUUCCAAUGUAUAAGUAGAUUCUGUGCAGUUGGGAUUUUUGUCUAGAAAUCCUUAAAAUGAUAUAUGCUUGAUUACAAAGCUAAAAUUAAGUGCUGAUAAUAUUUAUCUUUCUGUUGAGAUGUUUCUUUAAGCAACAUAAUGAUGACGGUGUGCAACUGAUUGCUUCUAUAAAAAAUAUGCCCUUUCAAUCAAUGAGGACACAUUUGAAAAGCACUUUAUUAUUUUCUUUACAGAGUUCAAAGAGAACACAAUUUGCAUAAUCCCAUAGUAUAUGGAAUUGUACAUAUUUGUGUUUGUUUUGCCUGCUGGGUUUAAAAUGUCACCUUUGAAAACUAUCUUUCAAAAACGAUCCUUCUACAAACACUCUUUUGAGAUGCGGUUUUUGAUGAUACCUAUAAUCAAAUGCUGCAUGGUGCAACAGGCUAAAAACACUGAUGUGAAGGUGCACCCAUGUCCAUGUCUGACAGAAUGCAAGAUGCUGUUGGAAAUGACAAUAAAGACUCACCUUUCAUGUCUUCCAGAUGCACUGAAAUUUUCACAAGGUGCCAUGAAAGUAGCUAAACAAUAGCAUAACACCAACAAAAUGUUUUUGAAGUGUGUUGCCAUCUAUGGUAAGCUGUAAAUAAAGUGGUAGCAGAUUUGGUUUGUGUUUGUAAAUAUAUCCUUCCCCUCCCUUGUUUUAACAGAGGAAGCAUCUCAAAUGCCUUAUUGAAAACUGUGUGCUUAUGUAAGUGGAUGGCUAUUUCUGAAUCCUGAAAAUAUCUUUAUUUCUAAAAAAGACUUAUGAUUUUGCUUCAGUGUCAUUUUGUUUUUAAUAAAGUAAUU